AUGAGAAUGAUGUAUUGGAUUCAUCCAAACAAGAAUAAGAAUAAGAAUAAGAAUAACCAUGAUAAGAGGAACAGGAAGCCUCAGUGGGAUUAUCUGGGUGUGACGAGUUUGGCUCUUGUAUUUCUGCAUGGUUGGUUGGGCCAGGCUACCCUUCUCAGCUGCACUGUAGCCAGUGGCACUGUUGGAAUGGCUGCCAUAUAUCAGCAAUCUCAACAAUCUGAAUGUCAGGAAAGAAAAAGGAAGGAAAAGUUGUAUGGGUGGAUAUUGGGCAUCUUGCUAUUAAUGGCUGUCAUGCUAUGUACUAGUACUACUAGUAUACUACUAGUGGGUGAUGGAAUGGAUGUCCUGUGGGAAGUCUAUAGAGGCUUCAGUCUGGCUGUCUUGAUCUUUAUCACUCAGCAUCUCUUGCAACAGUGCUUACAAGUACAAUUGGCUAGAUCUUCAAUAGACAAGACUAUUACUUCUAAGUCAGCAAUAUCUACAGAAGAUGAAGAUGCCAAUGAAGAUGACACCCUCUCCUCCUUUCGAACCUUUUUGGCGCAAGACAAGCAAAAACUCAAUCAGCAAAAGAAGAAACGAUCUCCCAAGAAAUCUCCAAAACGAAAGUCAUCAUCCAAACGAUCCAAAUCCAAACAAGAGCAACAACCAGCAACAACAAACGAAUCCAUUCUUUUACAGUCCUGUCUUCGCACUACUAGCAGCAGCAAUCACAAAGACUUGGUCCGCGGCGAUUUACGGUCCGUCCGAUUUGCCGAGGACGAUAAUGGUCUCGAAACGGUAUUUGAAAUUUCCAAACAUCAACUGACUACUCAACGAGUCCUCGUACUGCUGUUGCUGCCCCAAGUGUACGCCUACGAGUUUGUCGCACUCGAGUACGAUAUACUUGGUGGCGAUACCGGUACACAUACACAACAACAACAGAAACCAAUACGAAUUGCACAACUCUUACAACUCCUGCCGUCAUUGGCAUCCGAUCCCACCAUGGCACGACAAACCUUUUUGCGAUUGUUGCGCAUGGAUUGUUCCACGCACAAACAAACAAACAAAAAGUCUACAACACCUACCGAAAUGAUCAAUGCACUCACGUUGCAAUCGUACAAUCUCCAAAAUGAUGAAAUACUCGUGGCGGUUCCUCGUGGGAGUACUCCCGCACAAGUCAUGGAAAGUUCCAAACAAGUAUUGCAGAAUCCAAAACUCAUGAAGGCGCUGAGACGAAACAAGACGUGGGGAAUACCGAUACCAUCCCAGAUGCCCUCGCAAUGA